GGAGGGAAGGGGAGAGAGAGAGAGGAGGGACAGUGAGAGAGGCUCCGGGAACGGGGCGAGCGGACAGUUUCCCGAUGGCUCCCCGGCGGACCGGCCUCUUCCUCGGCCUUCUGCUGCUCGCACAUCACCUUAUUCUACUCACUGCCUGCAACGAAGCCUAUUACUCCUAUAUUAUCCAACAUAUUUGCUUGGAGGCCUUCAGAUUUCAAAUGACUGAUAUUGGACAGACGCUCUGGUGUGACUGGGAAGCUACAUUAAGUUUCUAUUGGGAUCUUACCAACUGCACAUUCCUGAUUGCCAACAAGAUGGACUGUUUUUGGCCAAAUCAAGUGGUGGAUCAAUUCUUUGUCACCAUCCACAAGGAAUACUUUGCAAACUGUUCAAUUUCUGGGAGAGGCCUAGGGGAUCCCCCAAACAACAUUGUAGGGCCUUUCAUUAUGAUUCCAGUGAUGGUCACAUUGCUUAUGACAGCCCUUGUGGUCUGGAGAAGCAAACGAAAUGAAGGCAUUGUCUAAAGGUUUUACAACCUCUUCUAGCAGUAGAGGACAUCACAGGUUUUAACCUUGAUCUAGUAAAGCAAUGAUACUGUUUCAGCCAACUUUAUAUUGGAGAACAUCAACAACAGAUUGAACUUCAGAAUCUAAAGUUGAACCCAAACUCACUGUUGAAUGAUCCUCUGGUACCUAAACAGCAAGUGGAAAACACAAGACAUUCGAGGUACCACUGCUCCUAAUCAGGGAUAUAGGUCAAGUUUAACAAAUUGUUUCAAAAUAUUCUGUAUUAUCUUUCAAACUUUAAUACUUGGUUAAAGUUUAAAUCACCUGGAACCAGCCAUUAAACAUUUGUGGCUUUAGUGAUGAGUUUGACAAAUUUUAGACUGUUAAAUCAAAACAUGCUAAGCACUGAAUUCUCAGUGUGCUGAAAUUCAUGUUUUUUUUCCUCUCUAAGUAACACAUUUGUGCAAGUUAUUGAUGUACUCUUGCAAGCUUUUGGUGUCUAUGCUGGAAGACAUGAAUUUUCUUUUCUGAUGGAGAACAAAUUGACCACAAAUAGUUUCUGAAACGUAAAAUAACACAAAUAUAUUCAACCCACUAAUGCUCAUAGAGCAAGAGAGUGAAGGGAAAAGAAGUUGCCAGAAAAAUUAUAGCUAAAGAACCAGUAAAAUGUAACUUUUAAUUCGAUCCAAUAUGCUAAUUUUGUUAUGUGAUUUUUUUUAUUAUUGUGGGUGUUGGCAGUGCCCCUAUAAACCUAAUCUAUCGAGUAGUCUCACUGCUUUCUGAACACAAAACAUUGCAUUGGUACUCAAAUCUUGGAUUCAUAACAGAAAAAAGGUUGGUAGGUGAAAUUCUGGGUUGGCACAUGGGCCAUUCAAAGCAGGAACUGAUACGUUUUGGUGGAAACACAUUCAAAACAGAUUUCAAAAGGAAAUUGAACAAAUAGUUAGAAGGGGAAAAUUUUGCAGGACUAUAGUGAAAAAAAUAUUUCUAAUUGAACAGUUCUUGUACAUCUUCUCUAUAACCGUGUCCAGUUAGAUCUGUGCUAACAUUGGCCCUCAACCAGGGUGACGACAGGGGAAGACUAUAAUUGCUUCAAAUGUUUUUCAGCAGGAAUGGAAAAUAAUUAUCACUUUUUGCUGCUGUUGACUAUUGGUGACUCUAUUGUCCCUGCUAGAAAACUCAAGUUUGGAUGUUCAUAGAGGCUAGAAUUGGAAUAGGCCUUUGUCUGCCAUCAAAUAGCCUCCAGUCCUCAUUGUGUGGAUCAGCCAAAAAGAAUGCAGUUGCUUUCCCAAAAGAUUAAACAUCCUCAAGAGAAGAGGGAAAAGUGAGAGAAAACUUUAAAAGAAGUGCUUUUGUGAAGAUUGGUUCAUUGAGGAAAAUGUUCACCUAUAACACUUGCUAGGUAAAUGUAAAGUCACCAUAGUCCCAGGUGACCAUUGUCUCAUUAGAGAGGGCAUCUAGUGGUGGUUUAACCUGAGGGCCACUACACCUUAGGCAAGGGGAGAGGUUGAAAAGGAAAGUCCUUAGUGUAACACUUACUAUAUUAAGCCAACAGAAUGCAACGGAGCCCCAGAAAUGCUCAUCAGCAAAUAGAAACAGAAAAUGUUAGACCGUUCAACAGCCAGGCGAUAACAAGACACAGAAAUAACAUUUCACCUCAAUGAUGUUUCAUGAGAAGUGGGAAAGGUGAAAGACGUAACAGGAUUUAAGCAAAACCAGGAAAAACAAUGGGGGCUAUGGGAGUCAAAAGGGAAGGUCUAUGAUCAGGUAAAAAGCAGGAGAGAUUAAUUGACAAAUGGGGUGAUGGAGCAAGGCAAAAUGGAGUGGUAAAGGGGGAUAAAAAAAAUUAUGUAGCCAGAUUGGAGUGAUUGUUUACUGUAGGAUGAAUGCAAGACAGUAGAGGAGUAGGGAAAACCUUAUAGAAUAGGACAACGUUGUCUGGGAAUGUGGUAGUGGAUAAACACUACAGGCCUACGCCAACAUCUGGUUGUUUACAAAUAGAAAAUGCCCACCCCAAGCAAUAGCCUGCAUCUGUGCCCAGUUGCUCUACUGCAGUCAUCCUGCAGUUGCACACUCUAAGAAAUUGGUAGCAGUGACAAAGAUCUGAAGCUGUGAGUGUAGAGAGGUCAAAGUGGGAGUGGAAAGGAGAAUUGAAGCAGGUUAGGUCAUGCUUAGUACAGGUGUUCAACAGUGGGAAUCACCUCAUCUACAUUUGGUCUCUCCAAUGUAGAGGUGACUGCAUUGAGUAACAAAAACAAUUUACUAAGUUUGAAGUACAGGUAAAUCUCUCUUUUACCUGGAAGAAGUGCUUGAUACAAUGGGAAGGAAGAAGGUAACAGGGAAGUUCUUUAGCUCCUAAAUUUGCAUGGGAAAGUGCUGUAGGAAUGACCCAUCAUGCUGGGAGUGGGGUAAUGGAAGAUUGGACCAGGGUAUUGUUUGGGAGUGGUAAUAAUGACAGAGGGUGCAAUAUCACAUGUCAUUGUCCAGGCCCUUCAGCAUGGCCAAACAUGUUGUUGUCACCGGUCCUGGACGGACCAGUAACUUGACACAGUAUUGUGCAUGACAUAGUUGUGACUGGGUAUCAACCCAUCUGAUGUAUCCUUUAUGUGGAAGUCCAUAUACACCAUAUCAUCACUCUCAUCAACAGUCUGUUACCUCAUCAAAUACUCAAAACAAGUUAAACAUAGUUUGCCUUUAAAAUGUCUGUGGCAGCUUUCCUUAAUUAGGGAACACUUCCAUAAAUGACUGUUAAUAUUGUUUUGAAAUGGUUUCCCCACUGAGGUUAAACUGACUGGUCUGCAGUUGCUAGGCUCAAACAAGGGUGUAGCAUUUGAUGUUUUCCAGUCAUCUGGCACCAGCCUUGUAUCUAAAGAGGAUUCGAAGAUUAGGGCCAGUGCCUCUGUAAUUUCCACCUUACAGCAUUUGGUUUCUUCAAGUCUCUGAACAUUUUUAUGAAAUUUAAGUACAGCCAGUUUUUUGAAUAUUUUCUCAUUAAUACAUAUUCUUUCCAGUGUCUCACUUAUCUCCUUUUUCACUAUAAUUUU